CCGGCCCGCCUCCCUCACUGUGGCGUGUGGGAGCGUGCCGACACCGCGCUCCGACCCAUCCCACUAGCGACUACCGUCUCUCCGUGUGUUAAUCCGCCCUCCAGCCGCCACAGCCAUGUCUCAGAUCAGCAAGGAGCACGACGCGACGGCGGGAGCGCUGCAAAAGUACCUGUUCGAGCACAUGACGCCACUGAACCCGCACAUGGCCCGUCUGCGAGCCGACAGCCUGCAGGACCCCAUGGGCAGGAUGCUAGGCGCCUCGGACGAGCUCAACUUCCUGCGGCUGCUGCUGGGCACGCUGGGGGCCAAGAAAACACUCGAUAUCGGUGUAUUCACUGGUUACAGCGCGCUGUCGGCCGCACUGGCGCUGCCCGCCGACGGCAAGGUGAUCGCCUGCGACGUCACCGACGAGUGGCUGAAGAAGUACAACGCCUACCAGGUCUGGGCCGACGCCGGGGUGGCCGACAAGAUCGACGUCCGACUGGCACCCGCUCUGGAGACGCUCGAGGCGUUGAUAGCCGCUGGCGAGUCCGGCACAUUCGACUUCGCCUUCAUUGACGCCGACAAGCAGAGCUAUCCGGCCUACUACGAGGCGUGCCUGCGCCUGCUGCGUGUCGGGGGCAUCAUCGCCGUCGACAACGCCCUCUACCACGGCGGGGUGCUCAAGCCGGAGGCAGAGAUGGACGCCAACUCACGCGCCAUCCACCAGCUGAACGAGAAGGCGGCCUCCGAUAGCCGGGUGCACGCCAGUCUGCUCAACUGUGGAGACGGCCUGCUGCUGUGCCGCAAAGUCCAGUGAGAGAGCUGUCACCCAGUUAGGGUCGAUAGCUGGGACGUGUCGCCAGUCGUCCGGCGGCGCUGGUGUCGGAGUGGUUACUUAAAGGUAGUGUGCCAGCUUUCUUGGACCAUAUGGAGUUAAUGACCCGGAUAAGGAGAACCGGAUUUUUAGAACUUAUCCAUACCUUCAAAACUUAUGGAAACGUCUUAAAUUCUUCAAAUUUUGAGUACCCCAGUGCGAAAUUCGCCCCGACGGGUUGUCGGUCGUACCCCAACCACAUUUCACACCACUAUGAACAAUAAAUGCACACACUAAAAUCGCUAUUACCGAUAGGCUCAUCCAAUCAAGUUUCGAUAAACCCGUUCAUCAUCAUCUCCUGCGGUUUCGAACACGCCUGUUAGGUGGCUUCUGAUGCUCGUCGAGGUCGGAAUUUCCAAAUACGCGUGGUGCGUCGGGCCGCGCGCUCUGACUUCGGCCAAGCAAAAUGCGUCAGCUGAUCAUUGUCAUUUCUGCCACUUGCGUGUGGUGUAAUGGGGUCAUAACUUAAGAGACGGCUGUUUCAUAUCAAUUAUUUUACAUAAAAUCAUAUUUCAAACCACAAAUUAAUGUUCGACAGCCAAAUUUAAGAAACAAUACCAAUACAGGCUUACAGUUUAAGGCUCGACAUUGUGUUGUCUACGAUUAGACAGCUGAUAACUCAUUCCCGUACGUCGUAUGGUCGUAACACUAUAAUGACCUUUGCUUAUUGUCACAAGUGCGCCGCAUUCGCGAUUGUUGCCCGACGCCUGUUUGCAGGUGAGCCCACUACAGUUGUUAUACAUAUCUAAAAACCGAUAAACUUUUAGGCGAAAAAGGCACUAUUCCAGGCCCAUUUUUGAUUUUUUUUGCGAUAUUAGGUAAAAACAGAAGCUUCUUAUCCUAGGAAAAAUAAAACGGGAAAUCUUUCAAAGGUGGCACACUACCUUUAACUCGCACUGGUCUUGUGGCAAGUGCGAGGUAAACUGACCUAUAUUUUUAUUUCAUUUCCAUCAGAAAGCACCAGUAACGAAAAAUGGUUUCAAUUUGUUCUCAGAUCAAUAUUCAUGAGCUCAUUUGCUGCCAGAACAACUUUUACAGUUGUGACAAUGGGAAUUCUAACACAGCAUAUAGACGAGUGACGACCGACGACUGACGAGUGACUGACGAGUGACUGAGUGACGACGAGUGACUGACGAAGUUAGGCACUAGCCUGUUGGGCAAAACGGGUGAGACUGACUCAGCAAGGGUCGUCGAGGGCUGAACAAACUAAACGUAUUCGGUUAAUUUUACAUAUCACGAGUCAUAACAAGCGAAUCGAGAUCACAAUGUCUUGAAUUGCUCUCAAAGGGACCAACAUGUGCAUGGAACUGAGGCAUAUACCACUCAACUGCCAAUCUGUUAAUAAAUAUACCUCCGGGCGUUGUACAAUGUACGCCUACCGUUACA